UCGAAGGGGAGCUGGUUUACUCUCUGUGCUUAGUUAGGAACUCCGGGUUUUCUUCUUCCUGUUGCUAUUGUGGCUGGAGAAUCUGGGGAGGACAAUGGAUAACUUGUUGGGGUAGAAAAAAUACACUUAAAAAAUUAGAGAAAGCGGAGAUAAUAGGAUCGAGCAGCCUGUUUGGAAAAAUACUUCCGGACAGGCCAUUGAAUAUUGAAGGAGUCAUUCAACAGAUCCACAGACUUUGGAGGUGGACGAGGGACGAUUACUAUGUAGAAAAGAUUUGCAACAACAUACUCUGGAUCCAUUUUGGAAAUCCAGAGGACCUUGAGGAGGUUCUCUCCAAUGAACCCUGGUCCAUAAAGGACUAUCCCUUACUGCUACGAAGAUGGACACCUGGGAAGAAACCUAGCAAUGUGCCCUUUGAUACAAUGGACAUCUGGAUCUGAAUACUGGAUGUGCCAGUAGAGUACAGGUCGGAUGAGACAGCGGACCUGCUUGCAAGAGAUGCUAGUGACUUAAGACAAAUGAAGGAACUGAUUCCAAGAUACAACAAAAGAAGGCCGGCUUGGGAUAAAGGCUUACGUGUGCGAAUGAGAGUCCAAGUUAAGAACCCCAUAGCAAGAGGAUCCUGGGGAGUUCUAGAGGAAGGUAAAGAGGAUUGGCUUCCUUUUCAGUACGACAAGCUUUCAGUAUUUUGGGACAUACGGAGAAGAACUGCCCAAAGAAAAAAGAGGAAGCCACCCAAGAGUUGGAUCAAUUGAUUAAAAGGAUGGGGUCGAACACCAUGGAUGAAUCAAGAAGACCUCUGGGUUAUGGACCUUGGAUGAAGGUUGAAACUGGUAGUGAGGGGAAUAGGUUCAUCAAUGUCAAGGACAUUACGAAGAAAAAAAAAUCCCAGGAUGUGGAAAUCGGCGUUAAGAGAGAUUUGGUAAGAUGGUAAGGAAAAGAGUGGAAGACAGGAGGAAGCCUAUGAAACAGGACCCGAUCGGACCAAAGAUUAGGAAGUGGGCAAAGAACUCUAUCUUGGCGAAAACAAUAACUGAGGGAGGAAUCUGUUCAAUUUCGGCGGAUUUUGACGUAGUUCUUUCUCUGAUGAAUGUCUUCUGGCCUGCACGAUCUUUCUUCUACGGUGGGAACUGGGCUCAAGUCUGCCACAGAUGUGCAAACUCUGAUAUUACCUUCCCAGUGAAAGGUCACAGAUUUGACCAAGUACAAGUCUGUUUUAUUAACCAAUUGAGGAAAGGAAAAAACUAGUGAUAAAAUAAAAUUCCAGAAUCUAAAUUGAUGGUUCUGUAUCAAAAAAAUUGACGAGGCUCUUAACCCAAAGAAAGCUGAUAUUUAUUGAAGAGGAGUUGAAGCCAACCUUAGGUACGGGGCUGGGCUUCGUGUAUGGAACCCGAAUCAGCUCUACCAAAGAGAGUUACGGGUCAAAAAAGAAACUCGUCGAUGAGCCCUGACUCAAAAAAUGAAGAUCACAGGAAUGAUGAAGAUGGUGGUCUAGUGACGAAAAGAGCUUGAUGGGAAGAGGAAGAGAUAGAACGUGAAGUUCUCAGAUUGCUUUCCCCCAUGUCGGAAAGGAUGCAUCUGUAUCUGCCCCAAAUUGCAUAAUGGAGGUAUCAUGGAGGCAGAGAAGACCCGCGGUGCCAACCUACUUGAUGGAAUGAAGAGGAGGAAGUGGGUCACCAAGCGUGCUCGCGUGGAGUCUCCUCGGGCCGUGGAGUUCGAAGCCCCGAGUCACCCUCCCUGUCAUCAACCUGGAUUCUCCCAGGGAACCUGAGGCGGCGGGGCCUAUCCUCAAAGUGGCAGCGGAGCCCGGCGUCAUAGAGGCUCGGGAAGCCGAAACCACAGAGGCUUCUCGAACUCCAACAAUGUUUUCCAACUCGGGGAGCCAGGAGGGGGUUGGUAGUGUGCUGACUCCGAGCUGUGCUCUUCGGAAGAGUAAGAAGGCCGUUUACCCAGGCGAGGUCGCGGCAUGGUUCGAGCUUCCUCCAGGCCACAUUGGCGCACGUGCAGCGUCUCAUGUCAUGGUGGCGAACUCCUCCAUCCAUGCCCUAAUUAUCCAAUCAGAGAGGAGCUUGACGCAGACACAGCCUGCCGAGGAGGCUUUGGAAUCAGCUCGGGAGCGGGCGCAAACUGUCGAAGAGGCUUUGGGAUCAGCUUGUGAGCGGGUCCAGCGUCUUGAGGGCGAGACUUCGGCUCAGAGGAGUGAGUUGGAGAGACUUCGAAGGGAGAACGACGCCCUGAGGCUUGUCGUGAAACACCUCGCGACCUCGAAAGGGGGCCUGGAGCAUGAGGUGGAAUACCUCAAGGCCGACAUCAAGGAGAAGUCCGAGAUCUUUUUCCAGGCUCUUGAGGACACCAAGGUGAAGGCCGUCAACGACUACAUAGCGUCGGAGCGCUUCGACGACCUGAUGGUGGGCUCAUACCGGAGGGGCUUCAAAUUGAGUCGGUGGAUGAUAAGGCAUUCCUACCCCGAACUUGAUAUUCGUACCAUCACCACCUCGCGUAUCACUUCGGAGAUGGCUGCUGCGGCCGAUGAAGAUCCAGACUCUGAUGACGAGGUUGACCCUCCAAGUGUUGCCGAAGUCCCUUCUAAGGGCAAGGGGGAUAUCCCGAAGUGAUGUGUACCGGGCCUGUGAGCCCGAAGUGAUGUGUACCGAGCCUGCGAGCUCAUUUUUUCUUCUUUCUUUUUUUUUUUGAACACUGUAAAGCAAACAUUAGUAAUGAAGUACUUUUUCUGGUCAAGUGUUGUGCAACUAUUCUUCUUUUGCCAAGGUGAUUAUAUUGCCGAGCUACAUAGAAUUAGGUCCCCAAAACGAGGCUUAAGGCGGGUCAACAUAGUAAGGCUAUAUGCCCGAUCUGUUCAUCCUCAGCUCGGGUUUCAUACCCGUGCUGCUUGCUCUUCUUGGCACUAACACUUAGUUUGCGUUGAUGAGGUCCCGAGGUCAUCCUUAGCUUGACGCUUUAGCCCUUAGGAUAUUUUCCUAGGUUUUUUGCCCAUGCCGGAGAGGCGAUUGGGUCUUGUAGUGUCGAGGUCUUUGUUACCUCGGCGUUCUGACCCUUAGGCUCUGGGAGCGGCUCAUAGUUUGCCCAGUUUGGUAGCUUAUAGGUAAUAUCGCCUUAGGUUGACGAUGUUCCAAGCUCGGGGUAUUUGCCUACCCUCCAGGGUCUCGAGCUUGU